CCGCGGCGGGCGGAGUGCGGAGGUGCCGCGGUCCAGGAAACACCAAGGUUUUGAGCAGCAGUGAUUCCAGGGUCUGGGACCUCAGCUUUCAAGACUGGCACUUACCUUUCCAUCCAUCAAGGAACUUGUUCCAUGCCCUUGGUCUCUGCUUCCCUGCAGCAGGGUUCAAUAACCUGUGUGGAUCAGAGACUCCCUAUUUGCUGCUUUGAGGAUUAAUUGGCUCUACUUCCAGCACAAUGGAUGAAUUGCAGGAUGUUCAGCUGACAGAGAUCAAACCACUCCUGAAUGACAAGAAUGCAGCUCGCAACUUCCAGGACUUCGACUGUCAGGAACAUGACAUUGAGACAGCUUUCGGAGUGGUUCAUGUCACCAUGCGGGGCACACCCAAGGGGAACAGACCUGUCAUCCUCACAUACCAUGACAUUGGCCUCAACCACAAAUCCUGUUUUAAUGCAUUCUUUAACUUUGAAGACAUGCAAGAGAUCACCCAUCAUUUUGCUGUGUGCCAUGUGGAUGCACCAGGCCAACAGGAAGGAGCCCCCCCAUUCCCAUCUGGGUACCAGUAUCCCAGUAUGGAUGAACUGGCUGAAAUGUUACCUGCUGUCCUGACACAUCUAAACCUGAAAAGCUUCAUUGGGAUUGGCCUAGGCGCUGGUGCUUAUGUCCUCAGCAGGUGUGCACUCAGCCACCCUGACCUGGUGGAGGGACUUGUUCUUAUUAAUGUUGAUCCAUGUGCAAAGGGGUGGAUUGACUGGGCAGCAUCCAAGUUUUCAGGCUGGACAACCAACAUAGUGGAUAUUGUCUUGGCACAUCAUUUUGGCCAUGAGGAACUGCAGGCAAAUCUAGAUUUGAUCCAAACAUACAGGCUUCAUAUUGCGCAGGACAUUAACCAGGAUAACCUUCAGCUGUUCCUCACCUCAUACAACAGUCGUAAAGAUCUAGAAAUUGAGAGACCAGUUGUUGGUGUCAAUGAAAUGACUGCAAAAACACUCAAGUGCCCUGCUUUGCUUGUUGUUGGUGACAACUCACCUGCUGUGGAAGCUGUGGUUGAAUGCAAUUCCCGUCUUGACCCAACCAAAACUACCCUUCUGAAGAUGGCCGACUGCGGGGGCUUGCCUCAGGUGGUUCAGGUGAGACACACCUUGGCUCUCCCAUGGCAUUUGAGGGCAGAAGAGCCCUUUGUUCUGCUUGCACUAAAGCCACUGUCUCUGUUUCCACAGCCUGGCAAGCUGACUGAAGCCUUCAAGUACUUUGUGCAGGGAAUGGGCUACAUCCCUUAUGUGCAGCUCAGCCACCUAAGCACUGAGUCAGUGCCAGCAGCCAGCAUGACCCGCUUGAUGCGCUCCCGUAGCCACUCCUCCUCCAGCGUGGGCUCUGGUGAGAGCAGCCGCAGCCGGUCUCAUGCCAGCACCCAUGGGGAAGGCAGUGCUGGAACCCCAGAGGGAAUCGACCUCCAGGCUGCACCUCAAACCAUGGAAGUAUCCUGUUAGGCAGGAGCCCCUCUUCUGGAUUCAGACAGCUCCACUCACCCCAAUGAACCCACUCAGAAUUUAGCAUUUCAUCUGACAUGGCAUUAACUGUUCUCUCUAACCUGUGCAUGCCCAUCCAAGCAGCCACCUCCUUGGUAGUCUGUAUGUGACAAUUACUUUGAUCUUUUCUGUAUCCCUUUGGCAUCAGAGUCUCUUUAAAACUCAUUGACAUUCCACAGUCUUAGUAAGUCCCAUUACUGUACAUGUUGAUGCCAUCUCCUGUCUGUGCUGUGUAUCAAUCCAGAUGACAGCCGUUGUCUCCCCUCUUCAUUUAAAUAUAAUUUCUGUGGCUUUGUGAGGUUUAGAAUUGCUUUCUAGUUGUGCUUCUGCUAAAGGGCCCUUGUGAUGCAGUUACUGUGUCAUUGGUGGGACGUGGGAAAGGAAGACCAUGAGGAUGUGGCACUCCAGGCACUGGAGCAGGCAAUGCAGUGUGGAGCUGUACCCUGGGACACAGAACCCAUUGGAAGAUCUGUCUGUCCCCAGGGCUGUUUCACAUGCCAUGCAGCAUGAGACUAACAAAUGGUCAGGAAUACUGUUUUGGUCUUACCUGUGUAUGUGUGUUAAGAAGGAGUAGAGUGAUUUCUUACCUGAGCCUCCUGAAAAAACAAAGCAAUUAACUAGUAAACUACACUAACAAGGUGCACUAUUAACCCAGUACAAGGGAUUAAACUCCAGCAGCCCUGGCUCUAGACCACUUCUGCAACCCUCUGCAGACCCGGCAGAAGGACAGGAUGCAGUGACACAUGGUUGCUGUUCUCCCCUGGCACAGGUGAAUAUUUAAUAUUGAGCAGGUUGUGAAAUGGGAAGCAGUGCCUCUUGCCAGGUGGAGAUCCCAGAAUCUCCUGCACUGCCAUCAUCUGUGUGUCCCACUGCCCCUGGCAGGAUCUGCACAGGGUGCAGUUAAAUGGAGGUGGGAAACACCAAGUGAGUAUGGCAGCCAGAAGUCACACAUUCCUGUGAGUCGUGUCAAAGGGGCGAGCAGUGAACACCACUGUGCAGAUAGCAGUUACUGUCUUUGUGGAAUUCACAACUGUGCUACCUUUUUACACCUGGCUGCGUCCCCUUGCUGCCAAGGUCUGGUGUUAAUGGGAGAAAAGGGAUGAGUGGUCAGGCUGCUGCAAGUCUCAAUUGAUAAGCAAAACCUCCUUUCCUCACUGCUGAGCAGCCUGACCCAAUGGGAGCCAACUCCUCCCAGGGUCAUGCUCAUGUUCUGCUCCAUUUCAGGUAGGGAAUGGGACUGGGAGGCUCUGCCUGAGGGGGACUUUGUACCGGUUAUGGAAUAAAGCUAUAACUGAGUUUCAUUGUUA